CCCCACUCCCCCGGACGUUUACGUAACUUUUUUUGUUCGCCCCCACCCCUUCAAUAACUCCAUGUGCUACAUCUCUCUCUCUCUUCAAACUCCUCGUCAUCAUAGCUAUCAAUCUCUCUCCCUCCCUCCACACAAUUCUCAGGCCCUUCUCCUUCCCUCUGAUUAUUUAAGCCUUUAAUUCUCUCUCCCAUGGUUUCUCUCUUCUCUCCUUUCCCAUGCGUCCACACUCGCUCUUCGCUCUCCCGAGGUGGCUCGGAAUAGCCCGGCGAAGGGCGUCGUCCUCGGACAGCAACGACGAUGUCGUCGACGACGACAACGCAGUCUCGAACUCGGUGGAAUGCUACGCCUGCACCCAGGUGGGCCUCCCCGUUUUCCAUUCCACCAGCUGCGACCAGGCCCACCAGCCUGAGUGGGAGGCCUCCGCCGGCUCCUCGCUAGUCCCCAUUCAGAGCCGGCCCGGCAAGGGCGUCCGCUCGGCGGCCAACCGGCGCCUCUCGGGCCCCUUCGGGUGGGUACUUGACCCGAGGAGCAAGCGGGUGCAGAGGUGGAACAGGGCGUUUCUGCUCGCACGUGGAAUGGCGCUGGCCGUUGAUCCCCUCUUCUUUUACGCGCUCUCCAUCGGCCGCGGCGGUUCUCCCUGCCUCUACAUGGACGGCGGGCUGGCGGCCAUCGUCACCGUUCUCCGUACGUGCGUGGACGGGGUUCACCUCUUCCACUUGUGGCUCCAGUUUCGGCUCGCGUACGUGUCCAGGGAAUCCUUGGUGGUCGGCUGCGGCAAGCUCGUGUGGGACGCACGUGCCAUCGCCUCCCACUACGUCCGCUCCCUCAAAGGCUUCUGGUUUGACGUCUUCGUAAUCUUACCCGUUCCACAGGCUGUGUUCUGGUUGGUGGUACCGAGAUUGAUCAGAGAAGAGCAGAUAAAGAUCAUAAUGACAAUACUUCUGCUAAUCUUCUUGUUCCAAUUCCUCCCCAAGGUGUAUCACAGCAUUUGCUUGAUGCGCAGGAUGCAGAAGGUCACCGGCUAUAUCUUUGGCAGCAUUUGGUGGGGCUUCGGGCUCAAUCUCAUAGCCUACUUCAUCGCCUCUCAUGUUGCCGGGGGGUGCUGGUAUGUUCUCGCCAUACAGCGUGUGGCAUCGUGCCUAAGGCAGCAAUGCCGCGGAAAUAGUCAGUGUAAUCUCCGUUUGUCCUGCUCGGAGGAGGUUUGCUACCAGUUUCUGUUGCCGGCGAACACAGUAGGGAACCCAUGCGGCGGUAACGCAACGGCUAUGUUCAGAAAGCCAUUGUGCUUGGAUGUAAAUGGACCUUAUCCUUAUGGGAUCUACAAAUGGGCUCUUCCAGUCAUCUCCAGCAACUCUCUCGCUGUUAAGAUUCUGUAUCCCAUUUUCUGGGGUUUAAUGUCCCUCAGCACUUUCGGCAAUGAUCUUGAGCCCACAAGCCACUGGCUGGAAGUCAUCUUCAGCAUAUGUAUUGUUCUCAGCGGCUUAAUGUUAUUCACUCUGUUAAUUGGGAACAUUCAGGUGUUCUUGCACGCGGUUAUGGCAAAGAAGAGGAAGAUGCAGCUGAGAUGCCGGGACAUGGAAUGGUGGAUGAGGCGGAGGCAACUGCCAUCUCAACUUAGACAAAGAGUCCGCCAUUUCGAACGCCAUAGGUGGGCAGCCAUGGGAGGAGAAGACGAGAUGGAACUCAUCAAAGACUUGCCCGAGGGCCUACGCCGGGACAUUAAACGCUACCUCUGCCUAGAUCUCAUCAGAAUGGUACCAAUCUUCCACAAUUUGGACGAUCUCAUCCUGGAUAACAUCUGUGACCGCGUCAAGCCCCUUGUGUUCUCCAAAAACGAGAAGAUUAUCAGAGAAGGAGACCCUGUUCAACGAAUUGUGUUCAUCGUCCAUGGCAGAGUAAAAAGCAGCCAGAACCUCAGCAAAGGAAUGGUCGCCACAAGCAUCCUGGAUCCCGGCGGAUUUCUGGGCGACGAGCUCCUCUCGUGGUGCCUCCGCCGGCCGUUCAUAGACCGCCUUCCGGCUUCGUCCGCCACGUUUUCUUGCACUGAAUCGACUGAAGCGUUUGGUCUGGACGCAAACCACCUCCGCUACAUCACCGAUCACUUCCGCUACAAAUUCGCCAACGAGCGGCUGAAGCGAACGGCCAGGUACUACUCCUCCAACUGGAGAACCUGGGCCGCGGUGAACAUCCAAUUGGCGUGGCGGCGCUACGUCGUGAGGACUCGGGGCCAGGUGACUCAGGCGGCGGAGAACGGCGGCAAUGAAUGGCUCCUUCGGCAGUACGCCGCCGUGUUCAUGUCAAUCCGGCCGCACGACCACCUUGAAUGAGCAUUUUUUUUCUCCAAAAAAAAAAAGGAAGAAGAAAACCAAAGUGCUUGUAUUCUAAUUCAUGAUUUUCAUUUAGUCAUUUGGCUCCAUUGAUGUAACAAGUUGUUCACUUCACGGGGAUUAGUAAUAAAUAAAAAUAAAUGCAUUCUUAUUGCCUGCGAUGAAUAUAA